AUGUCGCGCCUCCAGUACGACCAGUUUGUCGACGACGACGAGGACGAGUGCUGUCCGCUCUGCGUCGAGGAGUUCGACCUGUCGGACAGAAACUUCCGCCCGUGCCCCUGCGGCUACCAAAUAUGUCAGUUCUGCUACAACAACAUCAAGACAACGAUGAACGGGCUGUGUCCCGCCUGUCGCCGUCCCUACGACGACUCGACCAUCGAGUUCAGGAACAUCACGCCCGAAGAGAUGGCCAAGCACAAGCAGCAGAUUGCGCAGAAGGCCAAGAAGAACGCCCAGAUACGGCAGAAGGAAGCGCAAAAGGCCGAGGCCGACUCGCUCAGCCGCAAGCACCUCGCCGGCCUGCGUGUCGUCCAGAAGAACCUUGUCUACGUGACGGGUCUGACCCCAACGAUACGCGAGGACCGCCUGCUCGACACGCUCCGCGGCCCAGACUACUUUGGACAGUACGGCAAGAUCAUCAAGAUCGUCGUCAGCAAAGCGCGCGAGAAUGCCCAACACCAACAGUCUGUGGGUGUCUACGUCACUUUUGCACGCAAGGACGACGCCGAGGCCUGUAUCACCGCAGUCGAUGGCUCCCAGAAUGGUGAGAGGGUGCUGAGGGCGCAGUAUGGCACAACCAAAUACUGCUCGGCCUACCUCCGCGGCGAGCAGUGCAACAACCGUAACUGCAUGUUCCUGCACGAACCCGGCGAAGACAACGAGAGCUUCACGCGCCAGGAUUUGUCCAUGAUGAAUUCGAUCCAGACGCAGCAGCCUGCGCAAUCGUCGACGUCUCGCUCUGCACCUCCCGCCCAUCCUGGCCCCCCCGUCUCGGCCGCCACAACCACGGCCGCUGCACCGAUGAGUCGACAGCACAGCAACGAGGGAUCGAGUCCUACGCAAGACGCACCGGGCCUCCCAGCAACGGCUGGAUGGGCAAGCAAAGCAGCGCUCGAGCGUCGUGCCAGUCGCUCGACUACCGCAUCGCAUCCGAGCCCCAUGGUACAGAGUGCUACCCCUGCGCAGGCCUCGAAAGCGCCAACCCCGGCGCCGAAGAAGGAAGAAUCACUCAAGAAGGAAGAGCGAAAGAAGGAGAAGGCAAAGGAAAAGGCAGCCCAGAAGUCUAAGAAUGCGUCUCCGGAGCCCAAACCAGUGAAGCAGCCUGCUUCAGUCUUUGAGGGCCUUCUCAGGACCAUCUGCAACUCUGACUUCAAAUUUGUAUUCUCAAGCAAGGCGCUCUCCGAGGAGGAUUUCAAGGCCAUUGUGGACUUUCCUCAACUCUUGGAUCCGAAUGGCGGUGCCAAACGUCGUGCGAUGAGGGAGAAGGAGCAGGAGCUUCUGAAGCAGCGCGAAGCUGAAAUUCAGGCCAAAGCUGCUGAGCAGCCUCAGCCGGCUUCAGCGGCGGCAGAGUCUGAAGAGCAUGAAACGACAGCUGGAGGCAGCCUUCAACUUGGCGGGGAGCCCGAGGGAAACCACGAAACCGGCAGCGUCCACCAAAACCAGCAUGUCAUUGGCUCAGGCCAGCAGGGAUUCGGCAACAACUUGUUCAGCUCCGGUUCCCUCGCGGACGACUUUAGCAAUCUUGGUCUGAACAACCGGGCUUUGACGCCGGCGCAACAGCAGCAACUUCUGCUCUCGAAAUUUCAGUCUGGGCCGCAGUCUGCUGCACUCCUCUCCACGCUGCAGGGCAACCAGAACCAACAGAAUCUCGGAGCAAAUGCGCCCGGCCAUGCUAGGCACACGUCCCGCUUCAACUUCGCCAAUGACGGUGCUUCUGCGUCGACAAAUGUCCAGCCCGUCGCAAGCCAGAAGAUUAUGAACCAGCAAAACUCGAUGAUGCCAAAGAACGCGACCCAGUUCAAUCAGAUGCCUCAGCACCAGGCUCUGGGCGGACAGUUCUUCACCAAUGUGCAGGGCCCACCCCCAGGCCUGAAGCCCACUGGCACUCCGCCUGUCGGCGGAACCAACAUGUUCGCUCAGGGGCAUGGCUUCGCCACUGGCGGCUUGCCUUACGGCGCGAAUGCAGCCAACCGAAACACCAACGAGCUGUAUCAGGAUUUGCUCCGCAACGGUGGUGCUAGGACGGCUGAUUCUGGUAAGCGUGAGUCAAUGUUUCCUUCUUUCCUUAACCAACAUCCUUCCACUUCCACCUCCCCUGCCCCUGGCCUGCUGAACUUCCCCUAUGGACCCUCGCCUGGUGCUUACCAGGAGUCUGGUUCGCAGAAAUCUAAGAAGAAGGGCAAGAAGCAUCGCCAUGCCAACACAACUUCCUCUGCAGGAGGCGGUAUGGCUGACAUGCAAGACCCGAGCAUCUUACAGGCGAGGUUGCAUCAGGCGAACAUGGCUGGGCAAGGACCGUACGGCCAAGGCCAAAACGGUUUCUCUUCUCUUUACGCGAACAACAACAACUUCGGCGGUGCCGGACGGUGGUAG